AUGACGGAGAAGGAAUCCCGGCCAUCCCGGUCUGGGAAGAUCAGGAGUCUAUACCCCUCACAAUGGUGGCCAAAGCUGGAGCUGGAUUCGCGCACAUUCCUCAUGAUGUUGAAGGGAGCCUUGGCGCCAACCAUUACUAUUGCCAUAUAUCAGAGUGAUGCCAUCUCCAAUAUUACAAGUACCAUCGGCUACUUGUCAGCCCUGAUAUCGGUCCUCUCGCAAGGAUUAAUGCCGCGCGCAAAGUUUAUGAAGAUCAUGUUCUUUGAUCUUUUGUCGACCUGCGUCUCUGCCUCACUGUGCUGUCUUGCCGUAUUUUGUGCUGUUAAGGCAAGACUGCACAACACGCCGGCGGAUGCCAGCGAGGCCGUACGAAACGGGUAUAACAGUGAUGCGUGUGCGGUUGCUGCCAUCUGGUUGAUAUUCAUGAUUUGGGGAGCCAAUUCUCUCCGGGCACGGAAGCCUAUGGAGCUGCAGGACCCAAUGGUUGCGUUCUCGAUUUUUGCUGUGGUGACCCUUACUCGAGCAGGGAUGUUCACAUCUCUUUCCGAGGGUCUGGAGUUUGUUUCUCGUUUGUUAAAGGGGUUCAUGAUCGGCUUUGCUAUCGCCACAGGGGUCUCUCUUCUCAUAUUUCCGAUUACCAGCCGAGGAAAUGUCUUCCACGACAUAAAAGGCUACGUCUCAUCAAUUGAAGGGGUUCUUCAGGCACAGAUAUCCUUUGCAGAAGCAGAUUUUGUAACAGGGUUGUUUACUGGAAAGGGAUUCCUGCGCCGAGCACGGACCGCGAUGAGCACCCGGGAUAUGCAGAGCGAGAGCGAAACUGAUCUACAGUCAAAGCAGAAGCGGUUGCAGGCAUCCAUAACUAAGCUUAAUGGUUUGCAUAGUAAGCUGCAUGCCGAUCUCUUCUAUUCGAAAGACGAAAUCGCGUGGGGCAAGCUGUCAGCCAAGGACUUGAGCCAGAUCGCGGCACUUUUUCGAAGCCUUCUGCUUCCUCUUUCUGGAAUGUCGAUGUUGCCAGAAAUUUUGGAGACCAUAAUCAAGAAUGAAGGACCGAGGGAUGAUGAUGCCAAUGAACCAGACGAUCUUGACGAUCCAGCCUCAACUGCAGGGGAACUGAAACAGUCGGAAAUUCAAAAGGUGGUAGAGACACACCACGCGCGGCUUGUGGAUGCGUCUGAGCUCGUUAAACUGGGACUUAGCUACUUCCUGCUCACAUUGGAGCUUAUCAAACCUAAGCAUUUGGACAAGCAAAAAAAGCCUCACGGCGACUUCGUGACGCGUUUUGAGCAAGAGUUGCACCAGUACUUUUCUCGCAGAAAGCAUCUACCUGAAUCACUGGCGUCUCUUGAAGCAUUUUCAGCCACGGAGAAACAUAUCGAUGACGAUGCUGAAUUGGGACCUCGAGUGCUGGCUGUUGAUCCGGAUGUGCGACAGGAGUUUUUUCUGAUUCUCUAUAUGGGUCAUCUGCAGGAUGAUCUCUUGAAUGCCACAUUGCACCUAGUGAAGUUUGCCGAUGGAAAGUUAGCCGAUGGGACGAUGAAGCAGAGUCGUCUGAUAUUUCCAAAGCAGAAAACCAUUCGGGAGUGGUUAUCUCUCAGCUCGGAAGCGAAGGGAUCUGAAAGCCCUUCGGCCAGCAGGCAGUCGUCCCAUGUGGACCCCUCAACUGUUCAUCGCACCCAGGCGUAUACAGGGUUUCCUGACCCAGAGCAUAUGCCACCAGCCAAUAUUUGGGAGAGGUGGAGUACGAUUCUGCGAAGUAUUUCUCACGUUUUCAAAUCCGAUGAGAGUACUUUUGGUUUCCGCGUAGCAGCGGCCUCAUUUUCUGUCGGUAUUCUCGCCUACCUCAAUCAGACGCAAGAUUUUUUCAUUCGACAAAGAUGCAUCUGGGCCAUGAUUGUCAUUGUGAUUGGGAUGAAUCCGACAAGCGGGCAAACGAUGUUCGGUUUUGUUGCUCGAAUUGUCGCCACAGUGAUCUCGUUAAUUCUGAGUUUAAUUGUCUGGUACAUUGUUGAUGGAAAAACUCCGGGAGUUAUCGUAUUCCUAUAUCUCGCGAACGUGUUUGAGUAUUAUUUCUACGUCAAAGUGCCGCAGUAUUUUGGACCAGCUGUGAUCUCGAUUGUCACCUUGAAUGUAAUUGUUGGCUAUGAGCUUCAGGUUCGUAAACUAGGCAUUACUGCCGCCGAAUCGAAUGGUCAGCCCUAUUACCCAAUCUAUCUCUUCGGUCCCUACAAGCUUGCUGCCGUCGCUGCUGGAUGCGCAAUAUCAUUUUUCUGGGUGAUAUUUCCAUAUCCCAUCACAGCGAAGUCACAGCUUCGCAAAUUGCUCGGUCGAAGCCUUUUCGUACUUGCCAAAUUUUACAGCUGUAUGCAUUCCACAAUCGAAUGCUGGCUUAGUGGAGAACUGGGUGAUAUUCUUGACAAGACAUCCCCGGCCCACCAGCUUCAAGUCUCCCGCCACAAGAUUUUCAAGGAGGAAAUGAUGCUCCUCACAGGCCUUCGCAUGCACAGUCAUUUCAGCACCUUUGAGCCCCCAAUCGGGGGAAAGUUUCCGAAAGAAAUCUAUGACAAAAUUAUUUCGGAAAUACAGCGCAUCUUGACGAGCAUGUCCUUGAUGGCACACACCACACAGAGCUUAGAGGGCCUAUCCAUAGAGUCGGAGCACUCAGGACAUGAGACUGACGACCAGUGGAUGUCGCAACUUGCAGAAAUCGCACUCAAAUCCGCCGAUUUCAAUUCCCAUAAAAUUACGUCUCUUUUAUGCCAUCUCUCUGCGGCUAUCACAAAUGCCCAGCCUUUACCACCGUAUUUGUCGACUCCAGAAACGUUUCCGCUUGCGCGCCAAAUGCAGAAGAUUGACGUUGACCUGCUAAAUAUCAAACAUGUGGAGGACCCCUCUUUCUCGGCGUUUGUGUCGUUGGAAGUUUUGCGAUCUGUUGUGAGUUUCAGCUUACAGGAUCUGAUUGACGAUAUGAAAAAAUUGGUUGGCGAACUCAAUUUUGAUUAUUAUCCCCGGCAGGCUCAGCGACAUGCUGAAUCGACACAUUUACUCCAGGGCUCUAGCCAUGAAGACUAA